UCCCUUGUCUGUCUUAGAGUUUCAGACAUGUGGAUGGAUAAAACAUGCAAGUGAAACUGGAAGAACAUUAGAACACACUAAGGUUGGUCAAGAACUCUAGAAAUGGCUUCUUCUAUUGCAUGCAUCACCCACCAACCCAUCACUUCAAGAUUAAAUUCCUUGCCUUCCCCAGUUUCUUCCUUGAAUUUGGCUUCUGGGUUUCUGGGUAUCAGAAGAAGAGUUGGGUGCCUCAGGCUCACUUCUUCAAUUGGACCCUCCAAUGGCUCCAAAGCCACAUGCUGGUUCAGAUUUGGGAAGAAUGGUGUUGAUGCUGAAGGUGCUGGCAUUUAUGGCAGCCAGUCCCGUGAUGAUUUUGACAGAGAUGAUGUUGAACAGUACUUCAACUAUAUGGGGAUGCUCGCAGUUGAGGGAACAUAUGAUAAGAUGGAAGCUCUUCUAAGCCAAAAGAUCCACCCUGUGGACAUCCUACUGCUGUUAGCUGCGUCAGAAGGUGACAUGCCCAAAAUUGAGGAACUCUUGAGAGCGGGGGCGAAAUAUGAUGUUAGAGAUGGAGAUGGAAGAACAGCACUGGACAGAGCUAAUGAUGAAGUUAAAGAUUUCAUUCUUAAUUUUUCAGUGCAGAGGGCAUGAUUAGUUUGUUGCUAUUGUAUGCCGGUUCAGCAGCACAGUUGUUUACAUUAUGAUAACUUCUUUACUAUGCCAAUCUAAAAGUUUUGGUUUGAUUACGUCUUAAUAAUCAGCAUAUAUUCUC